ACCCAAGGAGUCAGGGGGGUGCUGGGAUUUGAACCUAGGCCAGCCAGCCUCCACGCUGCAUGCUUUCCCCACUGUGUUAUGCUGCCUGGAAUUGAGUAACAGUGAGAGCUGACACUGGCACAGCCCUUCCUGGGGGCCCAACACUGGUCUCCAUGCGGCAUGAAAAUGAACUCACUGACUCCUCACAGGAUGUUGGGCAGCCUGGACCCAGUGAGCCAGGUUCCUAGGACUCUGUGGGCUCAACUGAAGCUCAGUCUGCCCACCUGCUACCUGCCUGUCUGCACUUGGUUGAUCAACUGUGUUAUCUGCUUCUGGGGGCCUCACCUCCCCCUCCAGUACUUCUCCUGCUGAGCACUGUACACCUUACCAGACCAGGGGCAUGGGCUGCAAAAAAGAGGAUCAGGACGGUCCAGCUGAUGGUGAGCUGCACAGCAUAGAGGCCAAGAGGCAGGGCCAGGGGCCGCCCACAGCCCCCUCCCAGGUCCUUCCACACCAGGCCCUCGACCUUGGCUGGCACAGGGGAGCAGGGGAGCUGGACAUUAGCAUUGAGUGACCAGGCGAAUGUGCUCCCAUGAGAGCUGUUUCCAACCUGCCCUGUUCCUACUGCUUGUGGGGGUCCCUGUGGCAAGCGCCCUCCUUCUGGCCCAGUGCCUUCGAUGGCACUGUCCUCGCUGGCGGCUGCUGCGGGCCUCCUGGAAGUUGGACAGCCAAGAAGAGCCAGUGCCCCAUCCCACUCCCCUACCAGAAAAUGAGGCCUCCAGGCAGUGCCCGCCAGCCACACUCCCGGAGAUGGCUGCCUUCUACCAGGAACUGCAUACGCCCACCCAAGGCCAGACCAUUGUCCGUCAGCUGAUGCACAAGCUGUUGGUGUUUUCAGCUCGAGAGGUGGAUCACCGUGGUGGCUGCCUGAUGCUCCAGGAUACGGGCAUCUCUCUGCUCAUCCCACCAGGUGCUGUGGAUGUGGGCCGCCAGGAACGGGUAUCACUGGUCCUUGUGUGGGACCUGUCUGAUGCUCCGUCACUCUCUCGAGCCCAGGGACUGGUGAGCCCUGUGGUGGCAUGUGGCCCCCAUGGGGCUUCCUUCCUGAAGCCCUGCACCCUCACAUUCAAGCACUGUGCCCAGGAGCCCAGCCACGCCCGUGCCUACAGCAGCAAUACAACCCUGCUCGAUGCCAAGGCCUGGAGGCCGCUGGGGCGGCUGGGGACCCACACCUCACGCGAUGAGUGUCGCAUCGACCUCUCCCACUUCAGCCUCUACACCUGCGUGCUGGAGGCGCCUCUGGGCCGGGAAGCCCGCAAAUGGCUGCAGCUGGCUGUGUUCUGCUCGCCACUGGCACCGGGUCAGUCCCACCUGCAGCUGCGCGUCUACUUUCUCAACAACACGCCCUGUGCCCUGCGGUGGGCCAUGGCCAACGAGGAGCCCCAUGGUGGCCGCCUGCGCGGGCCCUGCCAGCUCUUCGACUUCACCGGAGCCCGAGGGGACCAAUGUCUGAAGCUCAAGUACAUCUCUGAGGGUUGGGAGAAUGUAGAUGACAGCAGUAGCCAGCUGGUUCCCCAUCUCCACAUCUGGCAUGGAAAGUGCCCCUUCCGCUCCUUCUGCUUCCGGAGAAAAGCAGCCAGUGAGAAUGAGGACUUCUCGGCACUAACCAAUGAGAUCAUUGUCACCAUGCACACCUUCCAGGACGGCUUGGAGACCAAGUACAUGGAGAUCCUCAGAUUCCAGGCAUCAGAGGAGGAAUCCUGGGCAGCACCACCUCCUGUCUCCCAGCCAUCCCCGUGCAAUAGGCUGCCUCCAGAGCUCUUUGAGCAGCUGCAGAUGUUGCUGGAGCCAAACAGCAUCACAGGCAAUGACUGGCGUCGCUUGGCCUCCCACCUGGGGCUCUGUGGCAUGAAAAUCCGGUUCCUGUCCUGCCAGCGCAGCCCGGCAGCAGCUAUCCUGGAGCUGUUUGAGGAGCAGAACGGCAGCCUGAAGGAGCUGCACUACCUCAUGACCCUUAUGGAGCGUCUGGACUGCGCCUCCGCCAUCCAGAACUACCUGGGCGGGACGCAGGGAGGCAGCCCCGCCCCGGUCCGCGGGGGCGCCUGGGAGAACCAGGGCCUGGAGCUGGAUGAGAAGCUCUGAGCGCCCCGCUGGGCCGGGGCUGGGUGGGGCGCUCUCCGCAGCACUCUGGGCACCGGGAGGCCGUGGGAUAUGCCUCGACACCUCGGAAGAACAUAGCAGGUGUUUCCGGCUGGGAUUACUGACCCCAUCAGAAUCCUCGGGCGGUGUUUGGGGCCACGGGGUGGCCGGAGCGCCAUUGCCGGCCUUCCGGGUCUGGACCACCCUUGCACCACGCUUUGUCCUGCAUGCAGAUACCCUCCUGGACGGCAGGGGGCGCAGGAGCCCGGGAGAUGCCCCAGCCUGACCAGUCUUUGGGAAACUUCUUUAUAUGGACUGUUAGGGUGCCCUGUUGGCACUCUUUGGGGACUGGUCAAUCCAUAAGUAUUCACUGAGCACUUAGUGACACCCAGCAGUGAACUGAUAUCAUGGGUCAUUCUGGAAUAUAUGAGAGGGUUUUGAAGUCUUGACAAGCCCACAGUUCUGUGGGAGGCAAAAGGCACUCAUGUGAGCUGAGGGCCAACUCUAAAACAGCAGGUGCUUAGGGGAUGUUCCUGUGGUAUGAACUUUUCAUGCUUAAAGAGUUUGAGAAGGCAGGGAGCUGAAUAUGGGCUGGAGCAUUGAGAAAGCUUCCGGAGGAAGUUGGAGAGAGGAUUCGGAUGCACAGAGAGUGGUUCCCAGAGCUUUAGGUGGGGGUAGGGGGGGAUGUUGACUGAACUUAACAGUAGGAGCCAUGAGUAAGCACGGAGUGAGGUGUUCUGCAGCCCAGCCUGGUGGGUGUGAGGUGAGGGCAGGAUAAAAGUUCAAGGCCAGAUCUAAAGAUCGGCAGCUGUACCUGGCUGUCCACUUGUCUCCUUUGCAUUCCUUUGUCUCUUUAUCCUCCUGUUCUUGCCUCUUUUCCUUUCUCUCUCUGCCAUUAUCUGUUAUAAAAUAUUGAAACUGAAAAGGAAACUUCAAGAUUAUCAUUCUUGCCCAAACUUUUUAUCUCCUCUUCAUCUUGAACUGUGUGACUUUUAAGUCUCUCUGACUUCAUUUUGCUGCCCCCUCUCCUGCAGUCAGUGUCUCUGUCAGUCUAUGUCUUUGCACCUUUUUGUCUCUGCCUAGUUGCUGUGCCUGCCUUUCUAGGUUUCUUUCUCUGAAACCCUCAGUCAUUGCCCUCAGGCAAGUGUCUUGAAACCAAUGUUACGUUGUCAAAGUAUAUGGAAAGACACUGGGCUGCCCUAGGAAUAGGUGGGUGGGGAUGUUCCCCCAUGAAUCAAGAUCCACUUUAGGGUCAGGAAAUAAAGGAUAGGGAUUUAAAAACACCCCAGUUAGUUAACAAAUAUUUAUUCAGCACCUACUAUGUGUUAGAUACUGUAUUAAAAAAAAGAUCAAUAGGCUGGGUCCUGAUAAGAGAACAAAGAGUUUGACUCAAUUCUAAAAAUGUUUUUGUUUGCCAACAGGUGUUGUCAAAUUUUUUGGGCAGGCAAAAACAAUCUCUCUGGCAGUACUAAAAAUUUGCUUCUGUAUUUAAUUAAAAAUUAUUAAAGCUUUUUCUAUGAUGAAAAAUAUUGUAUAAUAAAAUAUGAAAAUUGCCUUUCAUUGUUA